UAAAAUUGAUUCGUGUCUACCUGUAAAACAAGAUUUUGAUACCUGACCUAUUUGAUUAGCCAUUUGAAAAUGGAAUGCCUUAAGACCAAAAUUGACUCACUGAUUUUGUACUUAACACCUUGGCAGGCACUUAUCAGCUCGCACAUGGUUUCAUUUCUAACUCAGAACCUUUGGUCGAAACACAUUCCUCAAAGUAUAAGACAGGAAUUCGAAACACUCUGCCCAGUCGACUGCCAUGCAAUAUUUUACAGUGAUAGUAGAGUUGAAAAUAAAGAAAUUUAUAAAUUCAUCUCCGAAGCAGAAGAAAAGUCCAAAAACGAUUUCAUAAUGGGUGUGAACGAGUUAAAAGAUAAAAUUAAAACUUGGGGCUUCAACGAUUUCAAGAAGUUAGAGUGCGGGAUGCAGUUUAUGUCGAGUAAAAAAAACCAUGAAGUUGAAGUAAUGAGCGAGAUUGUCGCAGCAAUGGCUUCUGUAACUGAUUCAAAACUUAUCGUUGAUGUCGGCGAUGGUAAAGGGUACUUGAGCUCAAUACUGAACCUGGAGUAUGACAUAAACGUACUGGGUAUCGAUGCCUCUUCAGUGAACACCACAGGGGCUACGAAGCGUGUUCAAAAAAUGAAAAAGCAGUGGAAUGGUAUUAAAAAAAAUAUGAAAAUCAUCACAACUCAAAUGUGCUCAGAGGAAGAAAGGAAAAGUACAAGCCGUUACCACUGUCACACAAAAUACAUCGACAUCGAUACGGACAUCAAGAAGUUAGUCCUCGAUGAAUUUUCUCCUGACAUCACCUCAUCGUACGGCCUGGUCGGGCUCCACACGUGUGGAAAACUUUCGCCUGUUUGCCUUAAACAAUUUGCGAACAAUAGCAGUUGUUCGUUUUUAAUAAAUGUAGGCUGUUGUUAUCAUUUGUUGGACGAAGGGGAUUCCGGUGAUUUUCCAAUGAGUGAAUAUUUAAAAAAUGCCAAUUUUAAGUUGGGACGGAAUGCAAGAAUGUUAUCUUUGCAAGCCCCCGCUCGGAUAUCUUCAUCUAAAAAUAUAAAAACCGAGAGCGUUAUGUUUAGAGCUGUUCUUGAAAAACUGUUAAUGGAAAAAACUUCUUACACUGGCCAUCCUCAAGUGGAAAUCGGGAGAAUCAGUUCUAAAUGCAAGAACUUUGUUGAGUACAUUCGGAAAGCUAUAUCAAAAACUCCAUUUGAAAUAAAUAUGAGUGAUGAAGAAAUUAAUUAUUACUUGUCAUCGCAGUUACACUUGGAAUUAAGGCUGCAAUUUUAUUUUAUGGUCCGAGUGUUUCUCGCCCCCGUGAUUGAAAAAAUAAUCCUAUACGAUAGACUAUUAUACCUAAAAGAGCAGGGACUGGAAGAAUCUUAUUUAGUGGAGUUGUUUGAUCCUGUAAUUUCACCAAGAUGUUAUGGGAUAAUAGCAAAAAGGGUUAAUAAAAACAAAUCAUAAAAAUCUA